AUGACAGUACGAGUGGCUGAUGGGGGCUCUAUUCUCUGCUCUGCCGAAGUCAGCAGCGCUGAAUGGUCAGUUCAAGGCUACACUUUCCACUCUACUUUGCGCAUCCUGCAGUUGGGCUCUUAUGACAUGAUUAUCGGUAUGGAUUGGUUAGAGGCCUUCUCACCCAUGAGGGUUGAUUGGCAACACAAAUGGAUGAGCAUUCCUUAUGGCCAGCACCAUGUUGUCCUUCAGGGCCUGUUGCCAGAUUCAGUUCAGCCUUCUAUCAUGCAACUUUGUCACAUUGCUGCUGCUGCACCUUCACCAGCCCCUCCUGAGCUUCCUCCAGCCAUCCAGCAUCUCAUUGAAGACUUUUCUGAGCUGAUCCAAGAACCAUCUGAACUGCCACCUCGCCGUCAAUGCGACCAUCAUAUUCCCUUGGUUCCCGGUGCUCCCCCAGUGGCUCUCCAUCAAUACCGUUACAAGCCGGCGCUCAAGGAUGAGAUUGAAAAACAAGUUUCAGAGAUGCUGCAAUCAGGCAUGAUCCGUUUCAGGGAAGGGUCAUCCAGGAAAAACGUCAUCAUGGCAGCAAGAAUUUGCAAGAACAAAAAGACUUGUGGUCGGGUUCAGGAAGCCAUCAUGAAGCCUGUGAAAGUUCUCGACCGCAGAAACAAACCAAAUGAGAAGAGGCACCCUCCAAGACUAGAUGAUGACCUAUAUCGCUUAGAGGAGAUUGCCAGGGAUGGAGCUUACCACAGGAGGCUUCAGGAGGUGCAAAUCUAUAAAGUGGGGGGCUUCUUGAAGGCUUUGAAUGAGGACUCCAACAAGCUUCGUGCGAUCCUCAAGAUGGAAAAUCAGCAAAAUGCUUGGUCAAAACUGACUGAGCAUGCUAGGGAGUGUGUUCUCGAAGAUCGGCAAGAACUCAAAUGGUACCACAGUAAAGAGGGCAACGUUGUGCUUUUCUUUAAUUGCGUGCAUGAGCUUGUCGGAGCAGCAUUCCCACAUGAGUAUGUUGCAUGCCAAAGAUUUAACACAGCUCAGAAGGCUUUAGUGAAGAAAUGGAGAUUGCAUGCAUAUGAAAAACUGAAGGGCAUUUCACCUGAUUUUGUAAUGAAAGGCAAUUUUCCUGAGCCAGUCUCUUCAAGCACAGAUGUUGCUGCUGCACCUUCUGUUCUAGCAGUGGGUGCAUCACAACAAGUUUUCUCUACUAAUCAGCUUGCAUAUCAAGGAACUGGAGCAGCUGAAUAUUUGGCCCACAAUGAACAUGUAAUGGGACAAAUUUCCCCAGUGGCAAACUGUGGUCCCACCAUUCAUAAUAAUGGUCCAAACACACACUAUUACCAAGGAACUGGAACAGCUGAAAAUUUGCCCCAGGGCGAGCAUGGAACACCUUACCCAAUUGCAGACUGUGGUCCCAUUGUUGCCGAUCCUGAUUAUCUAAACACACUUUAUUGCCAAGGCCAAGGAAUUCCACUGCAUAGUCAGCAGCAAGUAAUUUCACCUUGGCCUCAAAACCCCCAAGGCAUGAUGGACUUUGCUUGCCCAAUUGAGUUGGCGGGCAUGAACUUUGACCUGUAUCAGGACUCAGGUGCAUCAACCUCUGCUCAAGCUCAACUUAUGUUUGGGCCACGUAACCCUACUCAACCUGAAUCAACCAGCCCUGCUGCUGCACCGCCAUGGAUGCCAUCAAUGGCUGAGCACGAUCAGGGACCCAGCUGCUCUGGAUUUCCAGGAUCAGGUCACCCCAACGACUUCCAGUAA